GUGAACAUGGCUAACACGUGCAGUUUCGGUGGCAGUUGGACGAUAAUGAAGGCCUGUGGGCACAUAUCCGGAAGGCAGAGGAGCUCGCGACGUCCAACAGUAUCAAAGAUCUGGUCAGAGCUGUGGAGACUCUGUACUACUCCUUGUACGCCAAGCUGAUCAUGGAAAUCGCGAACGCCGAGCUAUGCUCGUACUUUCACCUUGGGAUCCCCCGCGUCACGACCAAGGAUGAUUUUAUGCUUCCCGAGCAGCAUAGCACAAUGAAGAUGUUGCUGGUCUGUAAAGAAUCCCUAGACAGUCCGUCCGUGUGCCUGGUUUUCAACAAGGACAUCUUGCGCCAGCACCAAGCUGGGCUUGUCCGCCGAGCGGUGAAUACGCUGAGGGCGACCGGGUUCUCGCUUGAUGACCUCGUCGGAUACCGUCGGUUCACCCUGGCCUUGCUGGCAAAUCCAGAAUCGGAGUUCCGCCAGAAAUGGGACGGCCCGGGCCUCACAUAUCAGAUGCCCCCUAGGGAAGUUCUCAUUGCUGGGUCAGAGAAGUAUCUGUCAUUCGCCCCUAGGGACGCAAUUCGCACCAAGGUCCCGCAACUACGCCUGCGUUUCGUGGAAGAAAAUUCGGUAGACCCAGCGGCGUGGGAACGUGAGACUAUCCUCGGGCACCGUCAGGCAGUACUGGCCAUACUGGAAAGCAGAGUUAUCGGUGAAAUUCGACGUACGGAUGAGCGACGUGGUCUGAUCGAUUAUGCUCGUGAGAGAAGAUGUACCUGUAGAUCACCCUGCAGCUGUGCGAUGGCCUGUACCAUGAACCCCGAGCGUGUUUGUCCUUGUGCCGGAUGGAACUUGACCGUCAUGACAUUAGAAAAUCGCCGGAACUUUCCACACUUGAAGCUCGGUUCUCGGUGUAACAUCCUCGCCAGGAGCAUCUUCGAGGCAGUAUCGACCAUCCGGGAGGAUGAAGACCUCUGUUAUCUCGCAGUUGAGAUGAAAGGUGCGCUGACCACCAUCGCAAACGAGAUCGACAAGCUGCGGGCGGCCAAUGGCUGCUAAAGGACCUCACCUGAGCAAGCACUCGGUCCUGAGAAUCUG